ACCAGACCGGUUUUGGACGAAUUACGCCUGGCGGCCGAGGAUCAGCGACGUCGCGCCAAGAGAGCACUGCCUCAGCCCGGGCUGCACCUCGGGUCCGCCUGGCUCUGCUCCCCGCCUCUCGCGGCUGGGAGCUGGGACUGCGCAGCACUGCCUGGGGCGCAGCCCCUGGCGCUCCGCUCCCCACGCUUCCGGAGCCAUCUGCCCAGGAAGCUCCGCGGAGGUCCAGGCCGUUCCUUCAGGAGUCUGCACCCUCAGCCCUUCUGGGGAAGACUCGGACCUUCCGCGGAGCGCAGGCCUGCCGGGGGCGACCCAGAGGCGCGGUCUCAGGCUUUGCCGCUGCGCAGCGCAGCACUGCUCUCCAGAGGACAUCGCUGCCGGCCGCCCGACCCUGUGACAGGGGACCCCGUGCCCCAUCAGCAGCAGGGCGACCGUGGUGCCAGCGCGGGCGCCCAGCCGGGAGCCUCGGGGCGCAAGGGCCGGGUACAGGGCAGGGCGGCUCCCGCCAGCGCGGGCUCCGCGCACGGUGUGUCCAGGCGGCGCGCCCCAAAGCCGGGAGAGAAGGCGGGACCGCGGAAGGCAGGCGACUCUUGCACAGGACGGUCAAGAGAGGCGUGGGACACUACCGUGGGCCGUCAGGACCGGCGUACGCACUCGGCUCCGGACCAUCGGAGAAGGUGUGUGACAUUCUGCACGGGACGGUCGCGUGGCGCGACCUCCCUCCGCCGAGCAGCCCUCCCGGCUGGGCUGGAGUCCGGUUCCGCAGCGGCCUGCUGCCGCGGCCAAGCCGGAGCACAGCAACUUUGCUGCCUUCAGCGAUGAACUCCUCAUUUCCCCUGCAUUUCCUGAAUCUCCACCUGAAUGCCACUGAGGGCAACUUCUCAGGAGUAGAGGGUGGGAACAAGUCCUCACCGUGUGAAGACAUGGGCAUCGCUGUGGAGGUGUUCCUGACCCUGGGCCUUGUCAGCCUCUUGGAGAACGUUCUGGUGGUUGGAGCCAUUGUGAAGAACAAGAACUUGCACUCCCCCAUGUACUUCUUCGUGUGCAGCUUGGCGGUGGCCGACAUGCUGGUGAGCGUGUCCAAUGCAUGGGAGACGAUCGCCAUCUACCUGAUCAACAAUGAGCACCUGGCAAUCGCAGACGCCUCUGUGCGCCACAUUGAUAAUGUGCUUGACUCCAUGAUCUGCAUCUCUGUGGUAGCCUCCAUGUGCAGCUUGCUGGCCAUUGCAGUGGACAGGUACAUCACCAUCUUCUAUGCCUUGCGUUACCACCACAUCAUGACGGCGAAGCGCGCCGGGGUGAUCAUCGUGGCCAUCUGGAGCUUCUGCACAGGCUGUGGCAUCGUUUUUAUCCUUUACUAUGAGUCCACUUAUGUCGUCAUCUGCCUCAUUUCCAUGUUCUUCACCAUGCUGUUCCUCAUGGUGUCCCUAUACAUACACAUGUUCCUCCUGGCACGGGCCCACGCCAGACGGAUCGCGGCUGCACCCAGAUACAGCUCUGUGCGGCAGAGGGCCAGCAUGCGGGGCGCUGUCACCCUCACCAUGCUGCUGGGGGUGUUCAUCGUGUGCUGGGCGCCCUUCUUCCUCCAUCUCAUCCUGAUGCUGUCAUGCCCCAAGAACAUCUACUGCUCCUGCUUCAUGUCUCACUUCAACAUGUAUCUCAUCCUCAUCAUGUGCAACUCCGUGAUCGACCCUCUGAUUUAUGCUUUCCGCAGCCAGGAGAUGAGAAAGACCUUCAAGGAGAUCGUUUGCUGCCAUGGCUUCAGGAUGGGCUGUAGGCUCCCUAGCAGGUAUUAGACAGACACAGCCUUCUCCUUGCUGUGGCUGUCAUUUCUCCCUUGAAAGUCCACUAGGUUUAGCAAGGGGGUCAUCUGCAGCUCAAACCUGCCCUUCAGAGGAACAGCUGCUCUUCUGUGGCCGUUGCUGUGUCAGACAUGCUCAUGCUGUCAUCCACCUUGCGGAUGGGUGGUGAGAGUUCACCACUGUCCUUUUUUGCCCUACUACUUCUCCGCUCCCUCCUGCUUCUGGAGUUCUGCCCAUCCUCCAUCUAGGAAGAGUGUCCUCAGGAGAUGCACCAUGCCCCGAGUACAAGUCUGAGCAUGAUAAGGAGCAGGCUGCUGCUGCAAGUACGACUGAAUGCCCAUGUCAAGUAAGAUUGCUUUUCCAGCUCAAAGCAGGUCUGUACCUUGCUUUGGGAAUCAGGCAUGUGUUUCAAGAUGGGCAGACUGCCAAAUCCUUUCCAUUUGAAAUUUCCUGUUCAUUUGUCACAGGUGUCUCUAGAGCCCACCUUUCCUGAACUUACAGUUUUAUGAUUUAUAAUUACAAUUGUCUGAGGAUGGAAUUUCCUUUAUUAUAUUUCUGUCAAUCAUGGUUUUACACUU